ACAUUUCUUGAUAAAGAAAUAUUGAUUUUUUGAAAAUGUCCGAACUGAUACCAGAAAAAGGAGUUUGUCGUAUUGUUUUUGAGAGUAUAGAUAAGGAUGAUUAUUGUUUGGAUGCUGAGGCUGAGAGCGAUACAGAACAAAGUCAAAGUGAAAAUAGCUGUGAAGAAGAUAAUACCUGCCAAAUAAAUGGAUAUUGGAAAGAUUUUAAUAAGAAAGGAAUGUUGAAAAGAAUUGAGUUCAGCUCUGAAAGCGAGUGUGAUGAUCCUAAGAAACGAAAAAUAACUCAGCAGUUUCAAAUUAUCCCAGACUUUUCGAACUUGCUUAAUAAUAACACAAUUCAAAGUACUAUUUUGAAUCAACAUCAAGACAAUCUUAUGGAAAAUGUUACGAUAACUUCUGAUAAUCAAAUAAAUGAUGUUAUGGUUUCAAAAUCGUUUUUGAAAAUGACAGAGGCAUUGCAAACGCUUUCAGAAAUUCAAGUCUUGCCAAAUGUAAAUCAAACGGAAUCAAAUGUUUUUAAAAGCGAUAAUAAUGUGUUUGAUACAAUAAAAAUCAUAGAAACGAAUUCAAUCUGUUUGCCAAGAAACCCGUGUUCUUCAUCACAAGUCUAUUCUAAUUCAAAAAAUUCAAACAAUUCCUUGAGAUCAUAUCGAAAGCAUAAAAAAAAUUCAAAAAAUUCAAAUAAUUCUUUGAGAUCAUAUCGAAAGCAAAAGAGGAAUUGUCAAGUUGUGGUUGAUGUUAACGAUCAAUCUAAACAAACAAUUGAGGUUGAGACUAAACCUACUACACCAAUCGCAAAUCCUGAAAAAAUAAAAAACACAAUGAAAAACAAGGAAGCCCAAUUUCCAAAUGUAUCAGAUGAUGAAAAGGAUUUUAAUAUGGCAGUUGAAGCGCUAAAUCUGCUAAGAAAUAAUCGAAGAAAUAAUUGUGAUCCAGAACUUUCUCAAAUUAAUUCAAAUACUCUGACUAUUGAUGAAGGUUAUGGUAAUAAAUCAUUAGAAGUAGCAUCACUGCCAAAUUCAAUUACUGCAAACAAUCCAAUAGAAAUAUUACCUUCAGCUUACUGCACUAGUUCAGAAAUGAAACAGGAACUAAUUUUUGAUUCGACUCUGGAAAUAACAGACUGCUCUACGGGUGCCAAAAUUCCUUUUGAAACAAUUUAUCAUAGUGCUAAUGAGUUUUUUAAAAAUGGUGGAAAAAAGUUUAGCAGUUCAUAUGGGAAACAAAAUCAAAUACAAAUUGAGGAAAACAUCACUCCAAGUACAUUAGCACAACUUUCUAUUACUUGCACAAAAGUUCCAUUGCAUAAGAGUGUCUUAGCCGAACCAGAGCAAGAGCUAGGAACUAAAAGAAAUGACUUCAGGAAUCCUGAACAAAGUCAAAUUCCUGAUGGUCAAACCCACAUUACCGUUUUUACUGAUGCAUCAUUCAAAAUUUCAAAGGAAUGUGAAACAACACAACGAAGAGAGAAUGAUUAUACAUCUAAAAGUUCAACUCACUCAUUGAGUCAAAACAUUAGCAACCAGGAACAAAAGGAUGGUAACAUUCAACAAAUCACAGAAUUAUCAAAUACUUCGGUAAUUUCUAGUGAAAUGCAAACAGGAAACGUAGCAAGUAAUUUGAAAUUUCCACAAAAACUCUUAACUAAAAAGUUGCCUCUGGAACCAAGACUUAGAGAAUACAAAGAACAGACCGAAGAUAAAAGAACAAAUUAUGAAACUACAUCUUCCAACCAUCAAACAUCAAAAACUGCCGGUAGCUAUCUUGAAUUUUCAUCUUCAUUGUUUGAAAAUAAUUUUAAUACCCCAACUCCAAAUGGAGCUAAUAAACAAACAAAUAAAGAUGAAAAUAGAAAUGAAUAUGCUGACAAAGAAAUACAAACUCCACAGAAAAUAUCGACACGUUAUUAUUCUAGUAAAAUUAAAACUCCUUUAGACGCAUUUAACUUAUUCAUCAACAAUAGUAUGAUUAUGCGUAUAGUAGAAUAUACAAACGAAAAGAUAUUAGAAGAAAAGAAUGCACAACUUACAGGCAAAACUGAACUAGAAGCCUUUAUAGGUUUACUUUUAAUAUCCGCAGCGUUAAAACAAAACAAGACUAUUGGGGCCGAACUGUGGUCUGAAUGUUUUGGGGCAAGCAUUUACAGAGCAACUCUUAAAGAGUCACGAUUUUAUUUUCUACUACAAAAAUUUUGUAUUGGAAAUAUAACAUCUGCAAAUAACUCUAACAAAAAAAAUGUAUUAUUGAUUGGAGAUCCCCUGGAGCAAUAUUACAACAAUUGCAAGUUGUAUAGAUUGCCUAUAGAAACAAAAACUAAAGCUAAUGAAGAAGAUGAAGCUUGUAAGCAUCUGUACACGACGGCUCGGAAAACAAGUAAUCAAUCAAUUCGCGUAUUUUGUAGGAUGCUUGAUGUGGCUGUUUUAAAAGGGUCAGCUAUUUUUCAAUACAAAUUCCCCAAGAAUGUGAUGAACAUACAAAGAUUUUAUAAACAAGUAGGUUUAGCUCUUGUGACCCCCCACUUAGAUUAUUUGUUGCAAGUAACGAGUGAUUUUUUAAUGAAAGAACUUAUUAAAUGUAUUUUAAGCAGAAGAACUGAAGAUACGAACAAAGUUGUGCGCCCUGUGGCUGAUCAGGUUUUGAAAAAACAAAAACGUUGCCAACUGUGUUCAUGGAAUAAGGACAGAAAAACGAAGCAUCAGUGCAGUUGCUGUCGAAGAAAUAUGUGCAGCGAACAUCGAGCAGAAAUAUGUAUUCAAUGCAUUAAAUCGAUUUAAAACAAGCGCUGUAUUUUUCCUAAAUAUUUUAUAUCAUAUUUAUCAAAACUGUGUUGUGAUUAGUGUUAAGUGUAAAAUUAAAUAUUUUUAAAU